CAUGUCCAGCCCCUGAUGUGUGUCCAUUGGUGUUAGCUUCCCCUUCCCUCCUCCCCUUCUCUCCUGCUCGCCCUGCCCAUGUUUUGUGUGUCUCUGUCCAUCCAGACUCCUGACGUUCAAGUUCGCAGGGACGUCACGUCCGCACUUGAACUUGCAGCUCAGGGGGGCUUUUGCCAUUUUUUUCAUCUCUCUCUCUCUCUCUCUCUCUCUCUCUCUCUCUCUCUCUCCCUCUAUCUCUCUUCUCUCUCUCUUUUUUUUCUAAAAAAAAAAAAAAGCCAUGACGGCUCUCCCACAAUUCAUCUUCCCUGCGCCAUCUUUGUAUUAUUUCUAAUUUAUUUUGGAUGUCAAAAGGCACUGAUGAAGAUAUUUUCUCUGGAGUCUCCUUCUUUCUAACCCGGCUCUCCCGAUGUGAACCGAGCCGUCGUCCACCCGCUGCCGCCGCCGCCGCCGCCCGCCCCGCAGUCCACCAUGUCUCGCCGCAAGCAAGGCAAACCCCAGCACUUAAGCAAACGGGAAUUCUCGCCCGAACCUCUUGAAGCCAUUCUUACAGAUGAUGAACCAGACCACGGCCCAUUGGGAGCUCCGGAAGGGGACCAUGACCUCCUCACCUGUGGGCAAUGCCAGAUGAACUUCCCAUUGGGGGACAUUCUUAUUUUUAUCGAGCACAAACGGAAACAAUGCAAUGGCAGCCUCUGCUUAGAAAAAGCUGUGGAUAAGCCACCUUCCCCUUCACCAAUCGAGAUGAAAAAAGCAUCCAAUCCUGUGGAGGUUGGCAUCCAGGUCACGCCAGAGGAUGACGAUUGUUUAUCAACGUCAUCUAGAGGAAUUUGCCCCAAACAGGAACACAUAGCAGAUAAACUUCUGCACUGGAGAGGCCUGUCCUCCCCUCGUUCUGCACACGGAGCUCUAAUCCCCACGCCUGGGAUGAGUGCAGAAUAUGCCCCACAGGGUAUUUGUAAAGAUGAGCCCAGCAGCUACACAUGUACAACUUGCAAACAGCCAUUCACCAGUGCAUGGUUUCUCUUGCAACACGCACAGAACACUCAUGGAUUAAGAAUCUACUUAGAAAGCGAACACGGAAGUCCCCUGACCCCGCGGGUUGGUAUCCCUUCAGGACUAGGUGCAGAAUGUCCUUCCCAGCCACCUCUCCAUGGGAUUCAUAUUGCAGACAAUAACCCCUUUAACCUGCUAAGAAUACCAGGAUCAGUAUCGAGAGAGGCUUCCGGCCUGGCAGAAGGGCGCUUUCCACCCACUCCCCCCCUGUUUAGUCCACCACCGAGACAUCACUUGGACCCCCACCGCAUAGAGCGCCUGGGGGCGGAAGAGAUGGCCCUGGCCACCCAUCACCCGAGUGCCUUUGACAGGGUGCUGCGGUUGAAUCCAAUGGCUAUGGAGCCUCCCGCCAUGGAUUUUUCUAGGAGACUUAGAGAGCUGGCAGGGAAUACGUCUAGCCCACCGCUGUCCCCAGGCCGGCCCAGCCCUAUGCAAAGGUUACUGCAACCAUUCCAGCCAGGUAGCAAGCCGCCCUUCCUGGCGACGCCCCCCCUCCCUCCUCUGCAAUCCGCCCCUCCUCCCUCCCAGCCCCCGGUCAAGUCCAAGUCAUGCGAGUUCUGCGGCAAGACGUUCAAAUUUCAGAGCAACCUGGUGGUACACCGGCGCAGCCACACGGGCGAGAAGCCCUACAAGUGCAACCUGUGCGACCACGCGUGCACGCAGGCCAGCAAGCUGAAGCGCCACAUGAAGACGCACAUGCACAAGUCGUCCCCCAUGACGGUCAAGUCUGAUGACGGCCUCUCUACCGCCAGCUCCCCGGAACCCGGCACCAGCGACCUGGUGGGCAGCGCCAGCAGUGCGCUCAAGUCCGUGGUGGCCAAGUUCAAGAGUGAGAACGACCCCAACCUGAUCCCGGAGAACGGGGACGAGGAGGAAGAGGAGGACGACGAGGAAGAGGAAGAAGAGGAGGAAGAGGAGGAGGAGGAGCUGACAGAGAGCGAGAGGGUGGACUACGGCUUCGGGCUGAGCCUGGAGGCUGCGCGCCACCACGAGAACAGCUCGCGGGGUGCGGUGGUAGGCGUGGGCGACGAGGGCCGCGCCCUGCCCGACGUCAUGCAGGGCAUGGUGCUCAGCUCCAUGCAGCACUUCAGCGAGGCCUUCCACCAGGUCCUGGGCGAGAAGCAUAAGCGGGGCCACCUGGCUGAGACCGAGGGCCACAGGGACACUUGCGACGAAGACUCGGUGGCCGGCGAGUCGGACCGCAUAGACGAUGGCACUGUUAACGGCCGUGGGUGCUCCCCGGGCGAGUCGGCCUCGGGAGGCCUGUCCAAAAAGCUGCUGCUGGGCAGCCCCAGCUCGCUGAGUCCUUUCUCCAAGCGCAUCAAGCUGGAGAAGGAGUUCGACCUGCCCCCGGCCGCGAUGCCCAACACGGAGAACGUGUACUCGCAGUGGCUUGCCGGCUACGCGGCCUCCAGGCAGCUCAAAGAUCCUUUCCUUAGCUUCGGAGACUCGAGACAAUCGCCUUUUGCCUCCUCGUCGGAGCACUCCUCGGAGAACGGGAGCUUGCGCUUCUCCACGCCGCCCGGGGAGCUGGACGGAGGGAUCUCGGGGCGCAGCGGCACGGGAAGUGGAGGGAGCACGCCCCAUAUUAGUGGUCCGGGCCCGGGCAGGCCCAGCUCAAAAGAGGGCAGACGCAGCGACACUUGUGAGUACUGUGGGAAAGUCUUCAAGAACUGUAGCAAUCUCACUGUCCACAGGAGAAGCCACACGGGCGAAAGGCCUUAUAAGUGCGAGCUGUGCAACUAUGCCUGUGCCCAGAGUAGCAAGCUCACCAGGCACAUGAAAACGCAUGGCCAGGUGGGGAAGGACGUUUACAAAUGUGAAAUUUGUAAGAUGCCUUUUAGCGUGUACAGUACCCUGGAGAAACACAUGAAAAAAUGGCACAGUGAUCGAGUGUUGAAUAAUGAUAUAAAAACUGAAUAGAGGUAUAUUAAUGACCCGCCCUCACUCCCACCUGACACCUUCCUUCUCACCACCCCUCCUCCCCAGGGCCCUCCAGCCCCACUCCCUGUAGGAUUUUUUUCUAGUCCCAUGUGAUUUAAACAAACAAAAAACAAACAAACAGAAGUAAUGGAAGCUAAGACUAUGAGAGUGCUUGUCACCAGCACACCUGUUUUUUUUCUUUCUUUUUCCUUUUUCUUUUUCUUUUCUUUUUAUUUUUAAAAAUUUUUUUCCUUUAUGUUCUCACCGUUUGAAUGCAUGAUCUGUAUGGGGCAAUACUAUUGCAUUUUACGCAAACUUUGAGCCUUUCUCUUGUGCAAUAAUUUACAUGUUGUGUAUGUUUUUUUUUAAACUUAGACAGCAUGUAUGGUAUGUUAUGGCUAUUUUAAAUUGUCCCUAAUUCGUUGCUGAGCAAACAUGAGCAAACAUGUUGCUGUUUCCAGUUCCGUUCUGAGAGAAAAGAGAGAGAGAGAAAAAAAGACCAUGCUGCAUACAUUCUGUAAUACAUAUCAUGUACUGUUUUUUUUUUUGUUUUUUUUUUUAAUAAUGUGAGGAGGUAGAACAGUCUUUGGGUUAACCCUCUAAAGACAGAAUACAUAGCACUGAAAAAAAAUCUCUAUGAGCUAAAUGUCUGUCUCUAAAGGGUUAAAUGUAUCAAUUGGAGAGGAAAGAAGAAAAGGCCUUGAAUUGACAAAUUAACAGAAAAACAGAACAAGUUUAUUCUAUCAUUUGGUUUUAAAAUAUGAGUGCCUUGGAUCUGUUAAAACCACAUUGAUGGUUCUUUCUACUUGUUAUAAACUCGUAGCUUAAUUCAGCAUUGGGUGAGGUGAUAAAACUUAGGACCUAGCAUAUAAUUCUAUAUUGUAUUUCUCACAACAAUGGCUACCUAAAAAUAUGACCCAUUAUGUCCUAGUUAAUCAUCAUUUCCCCUUUAGUUUAACUUUGUGAACAAAAACUGAUUAUACCAGUAUAAAAGCUAUUUUGCUCCUAAUGAGAGCUUAAAAGAAACGGGCUGCUUUGCCCAGUUUUAUUUUUUUUAAACAAUGAUGAAACUGAAUGUGUAAUGUGCAAAAGCCCUGGAACAUGAUUAAAUGCAUUAGUAAAAAGUUCAUUUUAUGAAGAUACUUAUUUUAAAAGAUAUCUUAAAAAUUCUGACAUCAAAAGAAAUAGAUCCAGAUCCACUUGGUUGUCAAAUGGACAAUCAAAUGAUAAACUUAAGACCUUGUAUACCAUAUUAAAAAGAAGAGGCUGACGAUAAGGUUUGACAGAGGGUAACAGAGGAAAAAAAACAAGUGAUUUUUUUAGCACAAUAUGGUACUAUUUGCCAUUUUAAACUAGAACAGGUAUAUAAGCUAAUAUUGAUACAAUGAUGAUUAACUAUGAAUUCUUAAGACUUGUGUUUAAAUGUGACAUUCUUAAAAAAAGAAGAGAAAGAAUUUUAAGAGUAGCAGUAUAUAUGUCUGUGCUCCCUAAAAGUUGUACUUCAUUUCUUUUCCAUACACUGUGUGCUAUUUGUGUUAACAUGGAAGAGGAUUCAUUGUUUUAUUUUAUUUUUUUAAUUUUUUCUUUUUUUAUUAAGCUAGCAUCUGCCCCAGUUGGUGUUCAAAUAGCACUUGACUCUGCCUGUGAUACCUGUAUCUUUUCUCUAAUCAGAGAUACAGAGGUUGAGUAUAAAAUAAACCUGCUCAGAUAGGACAAUUAAGUGCACUGUACAAUUUUCCCAGUUUACAGGUCUAUACUUAAGGGAAAAGUUGCAAGAAUGCUGAAAAAAAAUUGAACACAAUCUCAUUGAUGAGCAUUUAAAAAAAAAAAAAACUAAAAAAACUUUGCCAGCCAUUUACUUGACUAAUGAGCUUACUUACUUGGACGCAACAUUGCAAGCGCUGUGAAUGGAAACAGAAUACACUUAACAUAGAAAUGAAUGAUUGCUUUCGCUUCUACAGUGCAAGGAUUUUUUUUUGUACAAAACUUUUUAAAAUAUAAAUGUUAAGAAAAAUUUUUUUAAAAAACACUUCAUUAUGUUUAGGGGGGAACUGCAUUUUAGGGUUCCAUUGUCUUGGUGGUGUUACAAGACUUGUUAUCCAUUUAAAAAUGGUAGUGAAAAUUCUAUGCCUUGGAUUACACACCGCUCUUCAGGUUGUAAAAAAAUACAUUGGGGAAAGGUUUAAGAUUAUAUAGUACUUAAAUAUAGGAAAAUGCACACUCAUGUUGAUUCCUAUGCUAAAACACAUUUAUGGUCUUUUUUCUGUAUUUCUAGAAUGGUAUUUGAAUUAAAUGUUCAUCUAGUGUUAGGCAUUAUAGUAUUUAUAUUGAAGCUUGUAUUUUUAACUGUUGCUUGUUCUCUUAAAAGGUAUCAAUGUACCUUUUUUGGUAGUGGAAAUAAAAAAAGACAGGCUGCCACAGUAUAUUUUUUUAAUUUGGCAGGAUAAUAUAGUGCAAAUUAUUUGUAUGCUUCAAAAAAAAAAAGAGAAACAAAGUGUGACAUUGUACAGAUGAGAAGCCAUAUAAUGGCGGUUUGGAGGAGCCUGCUAGAAUGUCACACGGACGGCUGUCAUAAGGGUUGUACAUAUCCUUUUUCGUUCCUUUUUCCUGCUGCCAUACUGUAUGCAGUACUGCAAGCUAAUAACGUUGGUUUGUUAUGUAGUGUGAUUUUUGUCCCUUUCCUUCUAUCACCUUACAUUCCAGCAUCUUACCUUCAUAUGCAGUAAAAGAAAGAAAGAAAAAAGAAAAGAAAAAAAAAGGUUUUGCAGUUUUUUUCAUUGCCAAAAACUAAAUGGUGCUUUAUAUUUAGAUUGGAAAGAAUUUCAUAUGCAAAGCAUAUUAAAGAGAAAGCCCGCUUUAGUCAAUACUUUUUUGUAAAUGGCAAUGCAGAAUAUUUUGUUAUUGGCCUUUUCUAUUCCUGUAAUGAAAGCUGUUUGUCGUAACUUGAAAUUUUAUCUUUUACUAUGGGAGUCACUAUUUAUUAUUGCUUGUGCCCUGUUCAAAACAGAGGCACUUAAUUUGAUCUUUUAUUUUUCUUUGUUUUUAUUUUUUUUAUUUGGAUGACCAAAGGUCAUUACAACCUGGCUUUUUAUUGUAUUUGUUUCUGGUCUUUGUUAAGUUCUAUUGGAAAAACCACUGUCUGUGUUUUUUUGGCAGUUGUCUGCAUUAACCUGUUCAUACACCCAUUUUGUCCCUUUAUUGAAAAAAAUAAAAAAAUUAAAGUACACAAUGUAAGCUUCUUGUGUCCUCAUUUGACACACUCUGUAAAUUACUUUCAAGAAAAUAGCAGGUUUUAAGAGAAGGCCAGUCAGUCUUUUUCAGGAUUAUUUCAAUGGGCAUUUUGAUGCGUGUAUUAUACCCUAAAGGAACAUAAAGUACUUACUAAAAUAGACAUAUCUCAAACCAUGGACAUGGUUUUUAGGCUUUACAGUUCUAGAAUAAUUUCCAAGAAAUGGAAAGCGUUUCCAGUCUGAUGUUAAAAACUUGCUCCAUCUCUUAAGAGAAAUCCAUUCAGAUGUAAGUGGUAAACUUGCUGGUAAUAGCAUCUGAAACUUUUAUUUCCUUUGGAUUUUUUGCUGUUCUUGUUGUCUAAAAGUUUUCUUCUAUUCUGUCAUCACUGCCCUAGCUUAGAACAUAAGGUAAAAAGGGUUUGGUUUUUUUUAAAAUCAGCUUUUAGCUUCUCCAUAACAGGCUUUCCUCAUAACAAAAAUGACCCCACUCCUCAAACCUAAAAACCCAGAAACAAAGGCAUCAAGUUAAAAAAAUAAUCAAAAAGGAAGGAAAGGAAAAGAGAAAAAGAAAGCAGCAACCAGGGGUAGCCAGACACAGCCAAAUCUCUGGGAUCAGCUACUGAUUUCCUGAGGUGCAUGGUAGCUUGCCUUAGGGUUCUGGGAGCCAGUGGACUGUAGAUGCUACAGACUGUUUUAAGUGUUUUUAUAGGUACCUGGCUGACAGCAAGAGAGGAUGGGGUACCCCUUCAGUUAUACUUUGAUCAACCCACAGAUUUAUGAAAUGUCUUUGAAAAACAAGUUAGGUCUAUUUAAAAAAAACAAAACAAAACAAACCCUCUUUGGAAAUCUAUGUUGUCGGUUUCUCAAAUACUGCAUGUUGCAGCAUCGAUUUGCUUGAUUAAAACUAAUGCCUCUGUGAUACUGUCUCCCUGUUCCCAGUGUAGAUGAAUGGAUCUGACAUUGUUCUUAUUUUUGUAAAAACCAAAACCAAAGCUGUUCUGUUGUCUUCUUGUGGUAGCAGUUUUGUGCUCAGUUCUUAGGCCCUAGGGCCAGUGAGUGAGGUGGACUUUUCAAGCAAUGCCUUUUAUUGGAAGCAAGAAGAGUUUUAUCAUUUUAAAGUAUAGAGGAAGUAGGUAUUUUUAAAGACAGUGUGGUGGGAAACAGGGAUCCAUGUAGGACAGUGGAGAACACUGCACAGGAGCUGAGCUGGUGUAGGGCUGGGUACCUUGGAGAACUUGAUGUUUGUCAGUGAACUGAGAAAAGAUAAGUGUGUUUUAGAUUAGGUGACUCCAAAACUGAAUCCAAAAUGCUGUUCAGACAGAUAGAAAUAUUCCCCAGUGCCACGGUUUUAGAUGUGGUAAUUUCUGCUCUAUCAUAUUAAAUGUUCAUAAAACUUCUGUGUGUCCCUAUUGCUCUUUUAUUAGGAGCUCUGAGUGCAGCUGUGUAGGUUUUAUAUACAGUAUUCAUUUUAAUUUUUCAGUAUAUGAUGCUGUUAGUAUAAUUAGGUUUUGCAUCCUGACAGAAUUAAUGGAUACUGUAUUCUUGUAUGUUCAGAUUUCUUAACUCAAACGGAACAGGGAGGGGGGAAAACAGCUGGUGAUAAAUCACAGAUUAUGUUUGAUUUACAUGGUCCCAAAGUUAAAUAAAUUUAUUGGGAGACAGAUUCUUCAGGUUAUUUUGUCUCCUAACUUACGAUAAAAUAUUAUUUCUGAAGCUGAGUGAAUAAUAAGACCAUGAAAACAGCCAAUAAGAAUAUAACUUACAAGUAACAUUUUGUAUCCAGAAUCCUAAAAUUUAAAAUCUUACUAUAAAAUAACAUUUUUAGAGGUCCAUAGAACUAUUAAUUCCUAUUGUAAAAAUAAGAAAAUACUAAGAACAUUACUAUGUCUCAGAUUUCUCAGUUGUUUUAGUAACAUUCUUGAGGUGCUGAUGGAAUUUUCUCUAUGUAUCUGAACUCCUGACAAAAUGUUCCUUUGGAUUUUUAUUUGAAAUCAAGUUAAUAAACAGGAAUAUAGCAAAUACUCUUCUCACAGAUUUAAAUCCAGAAAUUUCUCCGGUACAUGUACAGUACUACCUCCUUCCCGAGAUCAUUUGCUAUCCUCGUGUUGUUUAGGACCUACAAAAGGACUGAAACCAACACGUUCUAAAGGUUGCUAAGAAAUGGGGUGAACAUGUUCAUCAUGUGUACAGCCGUGGCAGAAAGUGUGAAGUAGCUGAGUUUUUCCCAGGGUGUUCUGUGACUAGAACUGUUUAUUUAAAUACCAUUUGUUGUGUAUGCAAUAAGUCCAUUUUGUACAUAUUCAUAAUGGUUGGGGUAGAGGAGGGAGCAGUGGAUUAGAUACCAUUUCAACUGGAGAAAUAAGGAAAUGAAGUGGUUUAUUCACAGACACUGAAAGUUUGCUGAAAUGUACUGGGAUUGUUUGGGGCCAUUCUGAAAAGGAAUUAGAAAUCUCAGGGCCCAUCUUGUCCUGCCUCUAGUACUAUACUCAGAGACUAAGGGAAGAAAUACUGGGUUUUUCUAACCUCCUUAAACACACAUGCAUGCAUGUGUGUGUGUGCGUACAUACAGAUACACACAGGAUUGCUGAUGACCAUUGUAAUUGUGUAUUCCUCAGUAUGAAUGUCACUCCAUUGUCCCUGCCCUUCGUGUGUUCAAGAAUGUAUCCAUCCCAUUCUUUUUUUAAAAGGCAGUUUCCCUAAAAAAAAAAAAAAAAAAAAAAAAAGGGAUUGGCAGUGUUCUUUAAACCUGCAUAGAAAACUUUUUAAAAAGACUACUAACUUUUAAAAGGUAUGAGCUUCUUAGUAAAUUUUCCUAAGCAUCUUCUGAGGCCCUGCAGCUUUACCAGUAGAGAAUAAAUGAACCCAUUUUUAGAGAAGUGGAUACUAAAAUAUAGAGAUGGGUUGGGAUUUUGUAUGUUUCCUCCAGGGCCGCUACAGUGGCAAGUUGUAGACAUGGGCAGUUUUGCUUGCCAGCGUCUCCUUACUCCAUAUCUUGUUUAUUACUGUGCAUGGCCAGGGGAUCCACCUUCAGGAGGACGGGCCUGUUUGUCUCUCUCUCUCUUUCCCAGUGUCACCUGUGGUCAUGGGAUGCAAUUAAUUUCUCCCUUCCAAAUGGAAAGGGAGACGAACAUGGUUCAUGUGGGUUAUUGUACUUUAGUAUCUAAACUUGAUUGAAAACGACUAAAUGGUUGAUCCAAAUACUAUUUUUCCUUUCUGUAACAUGGCAAAUCUAUGUAAAGGAAGUACGUGUUUCUAACAGGUCUUUCAUAAAGAUAGCAGAAAAGGCAAAUUAAGCAAUUUCUCCCCAGUUUCUUCUAAAGCAGGAGCCCCCAGAUCCACCAAGGGUCCGCAUUUGUUUGUUCAGGCUUUUAACUAUCAGCAGCAGAUUAGACAAAGAGGUUUAACAGGGGUGUCAGCUAACUGGGCCUCAACGACAGUGACUAGUGCUGGACUGAGAGUGGGAGUCCCCAGAGCCCACCUGGACACAGCAGGCCCCGCAGCCCAGGUCUCCUCUGCUCAAAGGGGUAUGCAUGAGAGCAGCUGAGCUCCAGACCCCAGGCCUCCUGCAGCACCGAGUCAGGGGAGAGGAGGCCCCAGGCCCCUGCUUCGGGUCACCAUGGCAACGAGGCCUGGCCUGCCACAGUGGUAGCCCUCCUCGGCACAUCCACAUCCGGACUCUCAGUUCUGCUGCUUCAAGUCAAUGUCCACAGCAAGGGAGGAACCUGAUGAAAAUAACCACUCCCUUUUUCCCUUCACCAGUGCCUUACCCCCCUGACAAAAAAGAAUAAAGAAAGAAAGAAAGAAAGAAAAAGAAAGAAAGAAAGAAAGAAGGAAAAAAAAGAAAUAAAAGAAAAAAACUGCAUGUUUGAAAGAAACUACAGGCAGUUUUGGUGCAAUUUGAGAGCAACUAUUUUGGGUUCUGGUUUUCUCUUCAGAGAUUUGUUCGCCUCUUGUAAAUCGUUGGCUGCUUUGACGUUGAACUUGAUGACAUUUCAUGUUUUUGUUGUGCUGCUUUCACAUCAAUUUUUUUUAUUUCUUUAUAAUUUUAUUAUUAUUUUAAGAAAACGACCCCCUCCCUAUUCCCUCCCUUGUUCUCCUCAACCAAAGGACUGUUUCCUACUAAGUUUUCUUAGUCAUAAAGGAAAGUGUUUCCUUCCAGGUGUGCCCUGAGUUUAGUAGAACUAUCAUAUGCCUGGGUGGGGGGAAUCUGGGUCUUUUGGGGGAUGGAGGGGAGGAGGGUCUGGGAAAGUCUCUCAAAGCUCAGGCAUCUGGGGUGGGGAGACAGCAUUGGAAAUCGUGCUUAAGAUACCAGUGGCUCAACCUGUGGUUGAUUUAAAUCAUAAUUUAAAAUGCUAGUGAAAGAACAGAAAAUCACCGGGCCAAGUCACACCUGUACU